UUUCCCCAGGAAGUUGUUCCUGUUUUCUCACUCUGCUCGAAUCCUCAAGACGGAAGGAGAUGGGCAGCCUGAUGGUGCCACUUCCUAUGGCGGCUUUCACCACCACACCCAGGGCUGGGAAUGCCACUGGUGGUAAUAGCACUAAAGAGGAGAAGGAGAACUGCAUCUUCAAUGAGGAGUUCAAAUUCAUCCUCCUGCCUGUCUCCUAUGCCACUGUCUGUGUGGUGGGCCUCAUCCUCAACUCCUACUCCCUGUGGGCACUCAUCUCCAGGAUGCGGCCCUGGAAUGCCACCACCACGUACAUGUUCCACCUGGCCCUGUCGGACACCCUCUACGUCCUCUCUCUCCCCACGCUAGUCUACUACUAUGCCAACCGCAACAACUGGCCCUUCGGGGAGGGGAUGUGCAAGGUGGUGCGCUUCCUCUUCUAUGCCAACCUCUACAGCAGCAUCCUCUUCCUCACCUGCAUCAGCAUCCACCGCUACGUGGCAGUCUGCCAUCCCAUCCAGGCCCUCAGGUGGGUCAAAACGAGGCACGCCCACCUGAUUUGUGGGGGAGUGUGGGCAGUGGUUGCCACCUGCCUCAUCCCCAACCUGGUCUUCGUCACCAUCAGUGCCCGGGGAAACGAUACCCUCUGCCACGACACCACAAAGCCAGCCGAAUUUGGCCACUACGUACGCUACAGCUCCUCAGUGAUGGCCCUCCUCUUUGGCCUUCCAUUCCUGGUUGUCCUCAUCUGCUACUGCCAGAUGGCCCAGAAGCUGUGGAGGCCUCACUCUGGCCAGGAGGUCCCCGCCUACAAGGCACGCUCUGUCAAAAUGAUUGUGGUGGUUGUGGUGGUCUUCGUCAUCUGCUUCCUCCCUUUCCACAUCACGCGGACCGCCUACUACACCUCUCGGCUGCUCAAGGCCGACUGUCGCACGCUCAACGCUGUGAAUGUGGCCUACAAAAUCACCAGGCCCUUGGCCAGUGCCAAUAGCUGCAUUGAUCCUAUCCUCUACUUCCUGGCUGGGAACCUCUAUAGGGGAAAGCUGCACCAGAGCUUGUUCAAAAGGCCCAGAACCAGGCAUGCACUGACUCUGACCCCCAUUUCCCAGCUUGUGGGUGAAAUCUGACUGUGGGAUGUGCUCCAUUUCAUCGUUCUGAAGAUUUUUAAACAGAGUUUGAAUGGCUGCCUGUAAGGGAAUCCUGAGCUGUGAUUCCUGCAUUGCAAGGGGUUGGACUGGAAAACCCUUUGGGGUGCCUUCCAACUCUACAAAUCUAUGCUUUUAUAAGUCUUCCAACACAGAGUUAUACUGAUUUAUCUAAACCUCUCUCCUUCUUUAACCAUGUCUGUUAAUUUAAUAGUUAGCUGUUUCCAGAUCUUUCUGGAAGUCAGUUUUGAAGGGCUUCUGAUUGUGUUCCAUGCAGUAUUCCAGCACUAUACAACAUUUGGCUUUGAUGGAAGCUUGCCCUCUCCUGUCCUUCCAACUUUAUGCAACUUUCAGGGAGACCAUUUCUAUUGAUAUAAAGACUCCAUCAACUGUUCCUCACAGGGCUUGGCUGCAAGGCCCUUUAUCAUCCUAGUAACCCUCCUCUGCCUAGUUUCCAGUUUUGUCAAUAUUGGUACCCAGAACCAGGCACAGGACUCCAGAUGUGGCCUGACCAAGGCAGAAUAGAGCAGGGCUAUUAUUUCCCUUCAUCUGUACACUGGGCUUCUGUUGAUGCAGCCUAGAAUAGCAUUAGCUCAGGUUG